CAGGACGUCCAGGUCGGGGGAGAAUCAUCUCUCCAGAAGCAGGACUCUCGCACAUCCAGAACCCAUUGGUGUUUCUGCCUCCCAUUGAAAAAGUCACUCCAUUCUUGAGUAUAUAUACCUGCCAAGGCGAAGCAACCACAAUAAUGUCUGUCGCCAUUGAGACCACCACCGUCCCUGUUCCCAACCCUCCCGCCGAGGAGAAGGCCGGCGACGCUCUCUUCCUGGGCACCAAGAACCGCCUUCCUGAGUUCUUGCUUACGGGCAAGGUCAUCAUUGUGACAGGUGCUGGUCGUGGUCUUGGCCUCGUGCAGGCCGAGGGUCUCCUGGAGGGUGGUGCCAUUGUAUAUGCCCUUGACCGUCUGGAAGAGCCGUCUCCGGAUUUUGCCCGGAUUCAGAAGCGUGCCAUCGAGGAAUUGGGCACUCAAUUGCACUACCGUCGCAUCGAUGUACGAGACGUCGAGCUUCUGAACAACAUUGUCGAGGAGAUCGCCAACACCCAUGGCCGCCUGGACGGCCUGCUUGCCGCCGCGGGCAUCCAACAGGAAACUCCAGCUCUCGAGUACAGCGCCAAGGACGCCAACACGAUGUUCGAAGUCAACGUGACGGGUGUGCUCAUGACCGCUCAGGCGGUUGCGCGCCAGAUGAUCCGGCUGGGGACCGGAGGCAGCAUGGCUUUCAUCGCUAGUAUGAGCGGCACUGUCGCCAACAGGGGUCUCAUCUGCUCCGCGUACAACGCCUCCAAGGCUGCUGUUCUCCAGCUCGCCCGUAACCUCGCUGCUGAGUGGGGUCAGUAUGGCAUUCGAGUCAACACCAUCUCCCCUGGCUACAUUGUCACCGCCAUGGUUGAGCAGCUGUUCAUCAAGUAUCCCGAGCGCCGCACCGAGUGGCCCAAGCAGAACAUGCUUGGUCGUCUGUCCAAGCCUGAGGACUACCGCGGAGUCGCGGUCUACCUCCUCAGCGAUGCCAGCAGCUUCAUGACUGGCAGUGAUAUCCGUAUCGACGGUGGUCACUCCGCCUGGUAGAUUUUGUUUUUCU